CUCACGCGCGCGCUCAUUGCUUGAGGACCUGCUUUCGCAAUCGCACUCUGCCGUUGCAACUCUUUGACACCCAGCAUUCUCUAGGCUCCAUUUGCUCGGCGCUGCCCAGCAUUAGCAUCGUGCUUUGUUCCUGGACAGACCCUGACCGGACGCGUGGCUCUGGCAGUGAGAGCGCUCUGACCGCGUCCGCCACUUUGACUGAGAAGCUAAUUUCGGUGACCGCCUUGCUCAAUGGAGGCCUCCAAAGGGCACAUGCAUGAUUCCGAGGUGGAACGGCAUGCGACCGCUUCGUGCGCGUACCAACCCAGUAGUUCGCAGUUGCGUGCGCUGCCGGAACGCCUCAUGCCUGGCGCCGCGAGGACGCUGGGACUAUACAUGUUCAAUGCCGGCUCGUGGUUCGUGCACGUGCCUGCCGCCGUCGCGUCCGCCGACUGCCCGGAUGUCAAGCCUGGCUCGCCGGACGGCUUCCUACCGCAGAGCGGGGUGCUGUGCCUCGACUACUCGCCGGCGCCGUCCUCCUGCUGCUGCUCCCCUCCCGCCGAGGCCGUGGGCGCUGUGAGCCUCGCCAUCAGCAGCGCUGAACUCAGCUCCUUCGCCACCUCGGCCAACAAACUCUGCGGCUUCUGCUCGAUGUCCGCGGGUGGCGGUGCGGGUGGCGAGUACGCAAGCGGUGACGCGCUGGAGAAGGACCCGGACUUCCGCGCACUGGGCGAGUCGGUCCUGAUGGCGCUCGGUAUUGACACGGAGGACGCGGCCUACAACCCCGCGCUCGAGACCGCCGCCGCCGCCGCGGCGGCCGCCACUGGCACCGACGUCACCAACGCCUCGGCCGCCCCCGGAACCGCCGCCAGCGCCAAGACCGCCGCCACCAAUAACACGGCCCUUCCCGCACCUGGGCCCGCGCCGGCAGCCGUGCCUGGCGCGGCGACGGCCCCUGCCCCGGCCGCCGCGGUUUGCACCCCUGAGCGGCUGACUAUCGAAGGGCUGAACUUCCCGACCGACCUGUUCGCCACUGCCUCGCCCGUGCCCGGGUCGGCCUUUGUUACAGCCCUCCACGGGCCCUGGCAGGACCCCGCCUCCAUGCUGCACGGCGGCUUCGGCCGUGUGGGCUUUUGCAGCGUGCUGUACGGCGCCAUGCACCAGCCCGCCGCCGAAGCCAAGGCUGGCGGCCGCCGCAACCACCGCGGCAACAAGAAGCAGCCGCGGCCCGCCCUGGUGACCUCCGUGACGGCCGCCGCGUUCAAGGUGCUGCCGCUGCCGGACCCGGGCGCCCACGAUGCCUUCAUGGCUGAGGUGUCCGCCCACAUCCGGGCCACCAACACCGGCUGCGGCCACAUCUGCCGCGUGCUGGGCUACCGCACCGGCAGCAUGGGCCCGGGCGUCGGCGGCUCCUGGGGCUUCCUGUACAUGCAGGCGGCCGCCGGCGGGGCCGCCGGCACUCUGUGGGACCUGUGGGGCGCCAACCUGGCCCAGCACCCGGACCAGGGCCUGCCCACCGCCGCGCUCCAGGUGGUCGCCGCCUCGGUGCUGCUCGCCCUGCGCGCCCUGCACGCCAUCGGGAUGGCGCACCUGGACCUCAAGCCCGAGAACAUCAUCCUGGGCUUGGACGGCCUGCUUAAGCUGAUCGACUUCGGCCUGGCCCGCCGCAUCACGCUGCCCUCGGACUUCUCCGCCGGCAAAGCCAAGAGCCCGCUGACCCGCGUGGACGGCGGGCACCACCUGGGCGAUGCCGCCGACGCCAACAUCUUCGGCCUGUUGGUGCAGCCCUUCAUCGGCGGCACGGACGGCUACAAGGCGCCGGAGCUUUACGAACGCGCCACGUUCGUGAAGUUCCCCUCGGCCUGGCUGCAAGGCCGCAUCUCGGGCCGCAAGGCCGACUCCUACUCCCUAGGUCGCAUGCUGACCUACCUCGCGGCCAAGCCGAGUGAGAUGGACUCCGUGCUGCCCCUGCCGGCCGAGGGCAGCGUGGUGGGCAGCGCCGCCCUGGCGCACCUGCAGCAGUCGCGGGGCGGCCGGCGGCUGGCGAGCCUGAUCAGCGGCCUGACGGCGGUGGACCCCGCGGCACGGCUGGGCGUGGAGGAGGCGCUGGCGCAUCCCGCGCUGAGCGGAGUGGUGGGCAGCAGCGACGACAAGGCGCGCUGCUGGCGCUGGUAGUAGUAGUUUGGUGUAGUUGUGUGAGUAGCAAAGGGUUGGCUGGAGACUGCUGAGUACUGAGACUGAGACUGAAGACUACCGGUAGAUAGGUAGGGACACGCACACGUGGGGCUGCGGAAGCCCCGUACUUAGUGAGCGCUCGGUUCAUGUCGAGAAGUAACGGACUGGGUAUGGAUGGAAAGCAUCGUAGGGUGACAUCGUGAUACACGCUGUAGGUGGUAGCACUUUCAGGAUAGGAGCAAGAAGAGACGAAUGAACCACCGUUGGCAAUGAUGAGUAGCUGGUGGUGUUUGCCGCCCAUGCCGCAUCAGGCGUGGGUCCGCUCUGAGAAAGUAUGAGCUGGUGCCGCAAGGGCCGUAAGGGCUUUCCGUGAUCCGCAAGCAUUAGUGAGAUCCCAACUGACAGAGCGGGAGCUUCCAUAUCUGAUGUCAGCAUGUGCAUUCUAUUCUAUUUGGGCGGUUUGCUUGAUGUAAGGCGUGGGCAUGUAGAACUGUUAGGACCUGGCCGGUGAAGUUGAAUAGUACUGAAGGUAGCGCAGUAGGCCACAUGUAGCGGACGCCGUACGUUGCAACCAAGCGGUGGCAUGAAUUAAGCGGAGCGCAACAAUGCAGACUCUCGCUCUGAAAUGCCUACCACGCCAUGUGUGGGUGAACGUUGUAACUAACACUCUUG